AUGGAGCCGGCACCAGAAGCGAAUGAACUUUCCGUUGUACCCAAGCAAGGGAAAUACCGAGAAGGCCACUUGUUCUCAGAGCAGGUAACCUCCGAUCAUGGAGUGGCUAUAACUGCGGCUCAAAACGGACUACGUAACGCCGCUGUGGUGAUAUUUUGCAUCUCCUGUAUCACCUUCAUUAGCUCAUAUUUAGGUGGGCUUGUCACCGUGUCUGUUCCGCAGAUCUCCUCAGAUUUGCAUCUCAGUCCGGGAAUGAAACUAUGGCCGGUGUCAAUGUACGCUCUCGGUACAGGAUGUACACUACUUAUUUCAGGGGCUGUCUCCGAUGUGGUGGGCAAUAAACAAACUUUCCUGACAGGCUGCUUUUUACAGAGUAUCUUUUCCAUGGCCUGUGGCCUUGCUCACAGCGGCACACAACUUAUUAUUUUCAGGGUUAUCUCUGGUAUUGCAGCCUCUCUUUGUUUGCCUUCUGCUAUGAGCAUUAUUACUGAGCAUUUCCCUUCUGGAAAAUUCCGGAAUAUUGCACUUGCUUUGAUGGGUUCUGGUCAGCCUAUUGGAUUUGGAGUCGGGCUUCUUCUCGGAGGCGUGUUUGCAGAUACUGUGGGCUGGCGCUGGGGUUUCUACAGCGCUGCAAUAGCUAAUAGCCCAGUAUUACUUCUAUCAGUCCAGCAAUUACCUGGGAAGGACAAACAAGAGGGGAUCAUAUGGCGUCGUCUUGUCUUCGGCAUUGACUGGAUCGGAGCCCUGGCAGCCAGUGUUGGAUUGGCUCUACUUUCCUAUGCCUUGGCGGUGAUAAAUGAUGACGUAUCCAAGAUCCGUGACGCUACUGUAAUUAUAUUUCUCUGCCUAUUUGGCAGCCUGAUAAUUUUCUUUAUUUUCUGGCAAGGUCGACAGGAAAGCCACUCCAGACCUACUUUGAUCAAGAAUUCAUUAUGGAAGAAGGUCGGCUUUACAUGCAUUUGUAUAAAUGUAUUUAUGAUCUGGGGGGCUUUUAAUGCCUUUGAACAGAUGGUCAAUUUCUUCUUUCAGGAAGUACAGCGGCUGUCUGUACUUGCAACAUCAGUGCGGUUUAUUCCUGUUACUGUCCUAGGCUUACUCACUAGCCUUACUACAGGUAUAAUCCUCCAUCGAGUACGCGCAGACACUCUGAUAAAUGGGGCUACUAUUCUCUCAUCAGUUUCACCACUGCUCUUAGCUCUAAUUAAUCCAGUAUGGAUAUACUGGCGCUGUGCAUUCUUCGCCAUGUGUCUCAAUCCAAUUGCAGCUGACGUCCUCUUUACUGUUUCAAGUAUUAUCAUUGCUGGCAUGUUUCCUGCUGAGACUCAAGGCCUUGCGGCAGGUGUCUUUAAUACAGUGUCACAAUUUGGCAGGACUAUUGGACUGGCCCUGGUUGCAUUGAUUGCCAAUAGUAUCACUGAAAAGGAUUCCACAUUAGACAAAGAUAGUCCGGGAGCCUUGAUGGUGGGUUACCGGGCAUCAUUCUGGUUUCUGUUCGCAAUGAAUAUCACCAGUUUAGCGGUAAGCCUAUUCGGACUGCGGAAUAUUGGUAACGUGGGCCGGAAAGGGUCGCCGGAUGUCUGA